AUGCUCCACGCCAGGAUCCUGGCAGUUGAGCCCUCCUCGACAACCAAGCCUACUUCUCCGACCACGAGAACGCCACCACAGGUCGAAUGCCGGACGAGGGAAGACGGCCAGCUUAUCAAGGUGACCUUCUGCCUGGCGAAGACUCCGCUAUUGUCACAUUUCUGCAUCCACUGCCCUGGCAUGGGUCCGGAGAAGUUCGGUACAGAGCCCAGCAUCCUCGCCACCGAGGAGCGCUUCGCCCUCCUCCGGGUCCCCAUCUUCUGUCCAUCCCGCCAGAUGUUUCAGGAACACAGUGAUUACUUCAUCUACCAGGCCAGCAGCCUCUGCCGCCCCUCCCAGAAGCCACCGCUGCUUCUCUUGCUCCCCAAUCCUCACCCUUUGGAAUUCGCUGACGACGCGAUUGGCAUCCUGACCCACCACAGCCACAAAGGAGUUACCUUUGUCCUCGCCGCACUACAGCCCCAAAGCGAAAUUGGUGCCUACAAGUUCCACCUGUUCAGUGGCGAGGCGGACAAUUGGACCUCAAGGGUCGUGUCAUGCGAUCCGUCGCUGCCACAGCGCUACUCAUUUUGGUGUAUAGACAAGGUGAUCACCAUUGAUACAAAAGGGGAUUUGAUGGGCUGGGUGGACCUCUGGCGUGGUAUCUUGAUGUGUGAUGUGCUCAGCAAGAACCCUGUGCUUCAGUAUGUUCCGUUGCCAACACCAGUGGUCCGCCAUGUACCAGGCAUGGGUUCUCCGGAUAUUGUCAGAGACAUGGUUGCUGUAAGAGGCACUGUCAAGUACUUUGAGAUGAAACCGAAGGUCAUUGUGGAGACCAGGCGCAUUCAAGGUUGGAUUGCCACCACAUGGAGCACCCAGAUAGAACACUCAUGGAAGUGGCAUGAGGAGUGCAUCUUCGAUGUUUUUGAUGUCGUCAUAGACAGAAACAAUCACAUUGAAUUGCUAGCUAGUCCAAAGGGCAAUGACAACACGAAGACAAUCUUGAGUCUGCGCGUGGCGUCGCCUGCUUUGAGUUUGGAGGAUGAUUAUUUGGUUUACUUUAUGGCCAAGAUUCACUCCAGUGAUGACAAUGCUUGGAUUAUUUCUGUUGAUAUGAAGAACCAGUCGCUACAAGGGGUGGCUGAGUUUAGUGCUGAGAGAACAUUGGGUGUACAAUGCAACUACCUUCGAAGUACAAUCUCCAAGUUUAUGUACUUAAAGCAGUCCACAAGGUAA